UGUCAUUUUCCCUGACCGCUUCAUAAUUAUCAGGCAGGCCACUCCCCCCACCCCCCAACAAAAUUCCAGUCACUACCUUUGCGAAUAGGAGCACCACCACCCCCAGCGCACGUUAGCUGCCCCCGCAAUCAUUACGCCUGCCCCAAACCCAUGCAUUUAAGCCCCUCUGCUUAUCCUACGCACCCCCUCCACUGACACCACUCCCAUUAAUUGGAUCUGCAGCUCUACUUCUACCUAUACAUACACACUCCUAUAUCUAUCCGCCCCCGAUCCCUGACACCCAUUUCGUCAUCCUCUCUCUCUACUCAGAUUCUGGAACUCAUCAUAUGUCAUAUUAUCGCAAUCGUCGCCCGAUCGAUCUCCGGUUGGGUGCGGCGGAGCUCCGGCAAUCCAAAGAGUUGCUAUUCCGGGGAUCGGAGCCGAUUCUCGUGGUUUCACCGAUCGAAGCAUGAAUCCUCUGUGCUGCAUUGCGCCGGUGUCGGUCGAAAAGGAUCCAACUGUCGUGAAGUCCCAAACCCUAAGUCAGGAGCUCGUAGUUGAUGGCAACUGCUGCGACGAGAGUGUUAGUUUCAACAACAACAGCAAUGUGAUUCUGCGGCCGGUGAGUUUCAACUCGAGGAGGAGUUUGUCGACCAAUGGCGUCGCUGGCGGAGGCGAUCUGCAGGCUGACAAGUGCGAGGAGAGUGAUGAGAUCAAGAGUGUGGCUGGCAUUUUGUAUAAAUGGGUGAAUUACGGGAAAGGAUGGAGGGAAAGGUGGUUUGUGUUGGAGGAUGGGGUGCUCUCGUAUUAUAAGGUGCACGGGCCGGACAAAAUUGUCGUGGGUUCGGGCCGGGAGAAGGGGGUGAGAGUGAUUGGGCAGGAAAGUUGGAGGUAUAUGAGGAAGGGUAGUAGUGGAAAUGGGAGUGGAAGCGGGAACGCUCUUAGGGCCAAUGCGUUUGGGUCGGGGAAGCAGUGGAAGCCAUUUGGGGAGAUACAUUUGAAGGUCUCUUCUGUUCGGGCCAGCAAGUCAGAUGACAAGAGGCUUUCAAUAUUCACAGGAACAAAAACUCUCCACUUGCGUUGUCAAUCCAAAGAGGACAGAGCUUCAUGGAUUGAGGCACUUCUAGUUGCUAAAGAUAAAUUUCCCAGGCUAUUAACUAGCAAUGACUUGGCACCUUCUGAGGAUUUUGUUGUUACAACGGAGAAGUUAAGAUCACGGCUAGUUCAGGAGGGCAUUAGUGAGACUGUAAUAAACGAUUGUGAGUCUAUAAUGCUAGGUGAAGUUGCUGAGAUGCAGCAUCAAAUGAAGAGUCUUCAACUUAAGCACAUCUUGCUGCUUGACACAUUAAGAAGACUGGAGACAGAGAAGAUUGAACUGGAAACAACUGUAGUCGAUGAAACAAAGGGACGAGACUCUUGCUGUGGACAAGGGAACAGAAGAUUCAGCGAUUUCUAUUCAGUUAUGUCUGAGGGCAGUGCAAGUGACUCAGAUGCAGAUAAUGAGAGUCGAUACGGAGUAGAUGUUGAAACAGAUGAUGAUGAUGGAACCUUUUUUGACACGAAUGACUUUUUAUCUGCUGAGUCUCUAAGGAGUGCUUCCUAUCGUAGCAGAGAUAAUCCAAUGUACAUUCAUAGCCCCUGGGCCGAAAAAGAAUCUUCCUUUUCCGGUCAUUUAAGAGAAGAUGGUACCGGAGUCAAGGCAAUUGAGUUUCCUUAUGUCAAAAGAAGGGCUAGUUUACCAGAACCAAAGGAGAAAGAGAAGCCGGUUGGCCUAUGGUCGAUCAUUAAGGAUAACAUUGGCAAGGAUUUGUCUGGCGUUUGCCUUCCUGUGUACUUUAAUGAGCCUCUAUCCUCGCUGCAGAAAUGCUUUGAAGAUUUGGAGUACUCAUAUCUAGUUGACCAAGCUCUGGAAUGGGGGAAACAGGAAAAUGAUUUGAUGAGAAUUCUAAACGUAGCAGCUUUUGCAGUGUCUGGUUACGCAUCGACAGAAGGCCGGCAAUGCAAACCCUUCAAUCCUCUCCUUGGGGAAACCUACGAAGCUGACUAUCCGGAUAAGGGUCUACGGUUCUUCUCUGAAAAGGUUAGUCAUCAUCCAAUGAUUGUUGCCUGUCAUUGUGAGGGCAGAGGGUGGAAAUUUUGGGCUGAUUCUAACCUCAAAGGCAAGUUCUGGGGUCGUUCCAUCCAGCUUGACCCUGUGGGAGUUCUUACCCUUCAGUUUGAAGAUGGAGAGACAUUUCAGUGGAGCAAGGUCACUACUUCUAUAUAUAAUAUUAUAAUUGGUAAAAUAUAUUGUGAUCACUACGGCACCAUGCGCAUAAAAGGCAGUGGUACUUACUCUUGCAAACUCAAAUUCAAGGAGCAGUCUAUCAUAGACCGGAACCCACAUCAGGUUCAUGGAAUUGUGCAAGACAAUAGGACUGGGGAGAAAGUUGCGGUUUUAAUAGGGAAGUGGGAUGAAGCAAUGUAUUAUGUGAUGGGAGAUCCAAGUACAAAGCCAAAGGGAUAUGACCCAAUGACAGAAGCUGUUUUGCUAUGGGAAAGAGAUAAAUCUGUUACAAAGACAAGAUAUAAUCUCACACCAUUUGCGAUCUCUUUAAAUGAAUUGACACCUGGUUUACGGGACAAGCUGCCACCAACAGAUUCAAGAUUGAGACCCGACCAGAGGCAUUUGGAGAAUGGAGAAUAUGAGCUGGCAAAUGCUGAGAAGCUGAGGCUUGAACAGUUGCAGAGACAGGCUAGGAGGUUGCAGGAUAGAGGGUGGCAACCAAGAUGGUUCGGGAAGGACGAGGAUGGUUGUUAUUGCUACACGGGAGGAUACUGGGAAGCUAGGGAGAAACACGAGUGGGACGGAAUCCCUGAUAUAUUUGGGCAGCCGUGUGAUGUACCAGCCGAGGAGUUAGCUGCUUCUCAGCCGUAGCUCACAAAUUUUGAAUGUCAGGUAGGAAUCGAUUUAUCCUAGCAGCCCGCCCGUUCAUUUCUGUAAAUGGGAAAAAAGAAGAAGCUUAUAUGUACGUAAUACAAUGUUCAGAGUGAGCUUAACAAUGCCAAUUGUUACAAACCUUUUGGUGCAAUCAUCAACUUAUUUACUUCA